AUGAAGAUGGCCCUCUGUGCUCCCUCAGCCGUCCUCUCAUUAGUUAAGUAUCACAUUAACGGAAGCCACAGUCGAUCCGUGCUGCAGUACGACUCAAGCCGAGAGGUUGGUGUUCUCGAGCCUUGUAGAAUCCAUUUUUUCUGCCUCGCGUUCGAACUCUUAAUAAAUUCUAGUACGUCUCUGUGUGUUCUGUCCCAGCAGAGCCGCAGUCCACGACAUUCCCAGUCUACCCAGUCUGGCCUUGCCGACCAGGCUGCGAAGCUCUCCUUUGCCUCCGCUGAAUCCUUGGAGACCAUGUCGGAAGCAGAUAUCCCCGUUGGGUUCAAUCGGAUGAACCGAUUCCGCCAGAGCCUCCCGCUGUCCCGCUCGGCCAGUCAGAAUAAGCUACGAUCUCCAGGUGUGCUGUUCCUGCAAUACGGAGAUGAGACGCGUCGGGUGCACAUCACCCACGAGCUGAGCAGCCUCGACACGCUGCACGCCCUCAUCGUGCACAUGUUCCCCCAGAAGUUGACGGCAGGGAUGCUGAAGUCACCCAACACGGCCAUCCUGAUCAAGGACGAGGCCCGCAACGUGUUCUACGAACUGGAGGACGUCCGGGACAUUCAGGACCGCAGCAUAAUCAAGAUUUACCGAAAAGAGCCCAUUUAUGCUUCGUACCCUGCUGCCGCACACCUGGCUAACGGAGACCUGAGGAGGGAAAUGGUGUAUUCUUCUCGUGAGUCCUCCCCUACGCGCCGCAUCAACACUCUUCCUUCCUCCUCGGGCUCGGCCUCCUCCGGCUCUCCGUCCCGCUCGCGCCUCUCCUACAGCGGGGGCCGCCCUCCGUCCUUUGCAGGGUCCCAUCCCCAACACGAGCAGCCCCGGCAUUCGCAUCAUCCCAACGCCGGCCACGUCGCCAACGUGGGCCUGUCUCCCUCACCCAGCGCCAUCCUGGAGCGCCGCGACGUCAAACCCGACGAAGAGGUUUCUGGCAAAAACAAGGCCCUGAUGAAGAGCGAAGGACUUUAUGCAGACCCCUACAGCCUGAUGCACGAGGGCCGCCUCAGCAUUGCCUCCACCCAGUCGUUAGCGGCCAUCGGAGACCCUUUCAGCUUCCCCGUCACCACAGGCCUUUACCGCCGUGGCUCAGUACGCUCCCUCAGCACCUACUCAGCUGCCGCUCUUCAGGGAGACCUGGAAGACUCCUUCUACAAACCGGGAGGCCCGCUGUACUCUGACACGUACUCCUCCGCCACCCUGGGCAUGGGUUUUCGCAUGCCGCCCUCAUCGCCUCAGAAGAUCCCCGACAUGCAGCUGAGGGACAGGGACUCGUAUUCCAGCUCGCCCAGAGCCUCGCCGGUGAGGCAGACUUUCCGUAAGGAUUCUGCCUCCUCCUCUGUGUUUGUGGAGAGCCCAAAGUCGAGGCCGAGCUCCGGCUCAGAUCCUCUGUGUCUCACAGCGGGACCUGGGGAGGCCAACAGAGCCUCGUCUGGCUUCGGCUCACUGUCUGGACAGGACGGGGACACGAGCAGUCAUGGAGUAACCUCCUUUUCUAGGGACCACCGUCUGGAGCGGAUGGAAGCGAUGGAGAAACAGAUAGCCAGCUUGACCGGUCUUGUCCAGAGCGUGCUGACCAGAGCGCCGGACAGUGACAGCACAUGUGGCCUGCUGCGUCUCUGCAUGAUGGCGGGCUGCCCUCCAGACCAAGGGACGGAGUUUUCACGGCCAUUACCUUUUUCUUCCAGCGAGAAGACAGAAACCAACAGUGACGGCUCUGCCACUGGAACUAAUACUCCGUCAGCACCUCUGGCUCUGAUGCCACCACCACCCACCAACAGCAUCGGCCGCUUGCAGAUGAAGCUCCACCUACACGGCCUGCAACAAAAUGCCACCGACCUGCGGAAGCAGCUAUCUCAACUACGCAAGACACAGUUAGAGAACCAGGACUCGGUGCGAAGUCUGCUGAAGCGCACCGAGGCGGAGCUGCACGUGCGCGUGGCAGACGCCCUGAGGAAGCAGGAGGAUCCUCUGCAGAGGCAGCGUCUUCUCGUGGAGGAAGAAAGACUCAAAUACCUCAAUGAGGAGGAGCUCAUCAUCCAGCAGCUCCAUGACCUGGAGAAGUCCGUGGAGGAACUCCAGAAGGAGUCGUCUGUCAACCACAAGCUGGUGACUGUGCAAGAGCUGGAGGAGAAGGCGAGCGUUCUGAGAAAGCUGGGAGAAACACUUACAGAGCUGAAAAAUCAAUUCCCAGGUCUACAGAGUAAGAUGCGGGUGGUUCUGCGGGUGGAAGUGGAAGCUGUCAAAUUCCUUAAAGAGGAGCCACACAGACUUGAUGCCCUGUUAAAACGCUGCAAGACUAUAACUGACACCCUUGCAACGAUGCGCAAACAAGCAAAUGAAGGAGUCUGGAAGAAGCAAGAUGACUUCUCAAGUCCUUCAUCAAAGCACAAUGACGACUUGCGAAAGUUUUCAGACUUUGACAUCUCCACGAACCAACCUUUAACCAUCAAUGACAUUGGGGGAAGUAACAGCCUCUCAAACUGGAACCCCCACUCCAGCCUCAGCCGUGGUCUUGGGAAUCUGUCUGGCUCUCAUAAGGACAAUCAUCCUCCCGUUCCCCACAAAGGCAAAGCCCUGGAGGAGCUCGAGCGCCGCGCUGCCGCUGACAAAGCUUUGUCAGUGGAAGUCCGAUUGGCAGCUGAGCGUGACUGGGAGGAGAAGCGAGCCAAUCUCACCCAGUACAGCGCCCAGGACAUCAACCGACUGCUGGAGGAGACCCAGGCUGAGCUAAUGAAGGCUAUUCCAGACCUGGACUUUGCUGCCAAGCAGAUCAAGCCUUCCUCCACUACACCUUCCUCUCAGACCCCCCAGACUGGGGCGGCAGCAUCAGAGCACCGUAGCCACAAGCCCCAGCACAAGCUUUCUGCUAAGGACGGAGGCUCCCGGCGCGGCUCAGAUGAACUGACAGUACCACGAUAUCGCACAGAGAAACCCUCCAAAUCUCCUCCGCCCCCACCACCUAGACGCAGUUUCCCCUCCUCCCCAGGGCUGACCACUCGGAGUGGAGAAACGCUAAUUCCUGGAAAAAGCAUAAAGAAAUCUGAAACUGAAGAAGCUGAGACCCAAAAGCCUCACACAAAACUGAGGAGGACUGUGUCUGAAAACCCUCGCCCUGCAUCCACACCCCCGACACUGGCCUCUGGAGAAAAAGAGGAAUUAGAAGAAGAGAGAAUCGCUGCCGAACUGGAGGGAAGGCAUUUGUCUACCGUCCCUCACAUCGUACUGACAGAAUGUUUGCCAGCUUCACCCGCUUUCUCAGAGGAUCCUGUUAGAGAUUUAGCAAAUUACCCGAUAAAUGAGACUCCGACAAAAGAUCGGAGAGGCCACCACGUGGUUGACAACACCACCAAUGCAGCGGAGGGACAUUCUGAAGGGAGGGCAUCUGCCAGUGCGCAGCAUCGGUGGUUUAUGGAUAAAGACUUCAAACAAGUGGCCCUGCUUUUGACAGAGCUGGAGAUGAGGGUUGUGUCUCCCAGUGAGGCCCAGGAGCUCAUGAUUAUGGACAAAGUUUUGCAAACCCUACCCAUCUCACCACAGACCGAAGAAAUCCCCGAAUCCCGAAUCAACAAACGACCCGUCCUUGUGCUCGUCAGGGGGCGGGGAACUGUCACAGAGGCCUAUGAGCAGCUGCAUUCCCUACUGGAGGUGUGUCCGUCAGAUCGCAAACCUAGAAUAAAAUCCUGUCACCAAACGGGCGAGCUGAGCUCUCUCGUGGACGCUCUGAGGAGAGGGAUGGUGACCGGUGAGAGCAGGUUGACGUUUAAGCCCACAGCUGAGAUGAAGGUAGAACGGAGCAACAGCAGUCUCCCUCCUCAAACAAGAACGAAAGACGACGUCCGGAUCAGCACCUACAAGAGGCUGGACAGCUUGGAAGAGACUAUCCGUGAGCUGGAGAACACCUUGAUAGAGAUCGGUGGCCAUCCUACAUCAGAGCAUCUUUACGCAGAAACAGCCACCAGGAGUGCUUCUGUACAGAGGACUGGGAGUCUGUCUUCAGAGACCAGGAAGCCACCAGUGCCACCUAAACCACCAUCUUUCAGGCCCGCAUCAUUCCAGGUUCAUUGCUUACUCGCGCUGUGUAGAUUACUGCCGUGA